CAAUUAUUCGUAGGGUUUCUUAUAGGGAUGUCAGAAAAACAUCGAUGCAUCGAAAAUAUAGAUGUUUUGCUUCGAUGCAUCGAAAAUUUUCCACUCGAUGUAUAAAUAGUCGAUGUAUCGAUGCCUCGAUUUUUUUUUGAAAACUGACAUCUCUAGUACAUUAAACCGUCAUUCCAGUUUUUCAAUUGAACAAAAAGUAGAAGUGACUUUGACCAAAAAAUUGAAUUUGAGACAAGACGACUGAGAAUAUGUAUUAGUUGUUAAAUUGUUGUGUAAACUAGAUUUCAUGAUUCGUUACUUUCGUAAUUCGAUCGAUAACGUAAAUUUACGCUAUUUGUUCAAACAGAACAUUCCAAUCGAUUGAACAUCUGGCAGCUCCUCAAGCGAUGGCGAAUGAUGUGAGUCAAAAGAAGCAGAAUUUAUUUGUUUUGACUUUUUCAUUAGAAUAUUUUAUAAAAGUAAAAAUAGGAAAUCAAUUGAAAAUAAUUGUUUACGAACUACUAACACGGGAAAGAAUUUACCCGACGUAUGGUAAACUUGAGCUACUGCCCAAACAACUUAAUCAGACUAAAUAGAUAAAUAUUUUCUGCAAUGGGUUCACUAUUUUCCAAAAGUAAAAAGCAAAGCCGUGUAACCGAACAUGAUAAGGCGGUGCUGCGACUGAAGCAACAGCGGGAUAAACUGAAGCAAUAUCAGAAGCGCAUCGAAUUACAACUUGAGAAAGACCGAGAGUUGGCUAGGAAAUGUUUACAAACAGGCCGUCGAGAUCGUGCCAAGCUUCUGCUGCGAAAGAAAAAAUUCCAAGAAACUCAGCUUAGCAAUGCAGAUAAACAACUGGAAAACUUGGAAAAAAUGACUGCCGAUUUGGAAUUUGCUCAGGUGGAGUUACAAGUUAUAGAAGGCCUUAAACAGGGUAAUGCCGCACUUAAGAAAGUACAUGAUUUGAUGGAUAUCAAUGAAAUAGAAAAGAUAAUGGAUGAAACAAGAGAGGGUGUAGAAAAACAACAAGAAAUUGAUGCUAUACUCUCCGGAGCACUUAGUGCAGAAGAUGAAGAAAAUGUUUUGGCGGAAUUGGAUGCACUUGCUGCAGAAGAGGAGGUUAGUAAAUUACCGGAGGUGCCGACAGAAGAUUUGCCCGAGCCAGCUGCACCUGCGGAGGAAGAUGCCUCUGCCUUUGCUACUGAAACUGCUGAUGUGCCGACUAAAAAGCAAAAAACGGCAUCAGAUCACUCAAAGAAAGUGCUUGUAGAAGCGUGAAUGUAAAUAACAGAUUUAAGUUGUGUCCAUAUAUCAGUACACAGUCUAUACAUAUGUAUUUGUUUUUGUUUUCCUUUUAUUUCUUCAACUAAUACUAAGUCACUUAGUUUAAAUAUGCAUAAAAUGAUUUUAUAAAGAAAUUUAUAAUGCAGAAAUUUA